AUGGGAAUAAAUUGUCGUCAUCAAAGAUAUUGUCGAUCAGUGGUUUUUUUGCUCGCUGUAACAGCUGCUAUAUUUUUCUUUUCUACCGUUAUUUUGGCAAUACUUUUGAAGCUAAAAUGCAACGAAGAACCGGUAAUAACAAAUACAGUAAUUCAAUGUAACGAUUCAUCAACUUCAUCAUCAAGUAAAGAAGUUCCGUUAAAAUGGCCAGAGCCAAGCGGAAGUUUACACGCACGUUAUAAACGAGCCGCUAUUGCAACUGAUAAUGGCAUAUGCAGUGGAAUUGGAAGAGAUAUACUUAUGCUUGGUGGUAAUGCGAUAGAUGCGACCGUGGCGGCAUUGGUAUGCAUUGGUGUUGUAAAUCCUCAAAGUUCUGGUUUAGGUGGUGGAUUUCUUAUGACUAUAUACAAUAGCACUUCAAAUCAAUGUAUAGUUGUUAACGCACGUGAAACAGCACCAGCAAUAGCAAAUGAAACAAUGUUCGAUGAUUCACCGGAAGAUGCUUUAAAAGGAUACCGAGCUAUUGCAACACCAUCCGAAUUACACGGAUUAUGGACGGUAUUUUCACUUUUUGGAAGUGGUAAAGUAUCGUGGUAUAGAUUAUUUCAACCAUCCAUUGAAUUAGCCUUAGAAGGUUUUCCGGUUUCGGCGGCUUUAGCACAAGAACUUGCUAAAAUAGAAGAAACGAUAUUGACCGAACCAUCACUCAAGAAAGUAUUUGUGAAUCCAAAAACUAGAAAGGUUUAUGAAGAGGGUGAUAUCAUUACGAGGGAUCAUUUGGGCGCUACUUUACAGCACAUUGCAAAUAGCUCUGAUCCAUUGCAACUUUUUUACCGCGGUGGCAUUGCGCAAACAAUUGCUGCUGAAAUUGAAGAACGUGGUGGUUAUAUAUCCACGGAUGACUUAAGUAAUUACAAAACAAAAUUAAAUGAAAGUCCAAUUAUCACUGAACAUUUCCUUGGUGAUUAUGCAAUGUGUGGACCGCCACCACCAAGUUCAGCUGCUAUCACCCAAAGUAUCAUAUCAAUUAUGGCUGAAUUUUAUGAUGGAAAAAAUGAAUUCGAUAAAGAUGAUCCAUUAUUCUAUCAUCGCUUAAUUGAAGUGCAAAAGUUUGCUUAUGCUCAAAGGACAAAACUUGGUGAUGCUGCAUUUGUACCGGAAGCUCUGCAAAUUGCAGAAGAGAUAAUUAAAAAUUCUUAUGUGAAGCAUAUCAAAUCUCUUGUGAAGAAUACAUCUCAGCCAUUGGAUGCAUAUGGAACUGAUCUAUUUCAACAGAUGGAUGAUCACGGCACAUCACAUGUAUCAGCGAUCGAUCGGACUAGUAAUAUCGCAGUAUCAUGCACCAGUACUGUUAAUCGCAUACUGGGAUCACUGCGCAUCUCACCAACGCUUGGAAUUGUUUGGAAUGAUGAAAUGGAUGAUUUCUCGAUUCCUAAACAAUCAAAUUCUUUUGGAUUUCCGUCUUCACCGGCAAACUAUAUUAGACCCGGAAAAAGACCGUUAAGCAGCAUGUCACCUAUGAUUAUUUACAAUAAGAAUACAGGAAAGGUGAAAAUGGUCAUUGGUGCUUCUGGUGGUUCGUAUAUUAUUUCAGCGAUAGCACAAACUGUUAUACGUACUCUUAUUUUUAAUGAAACGAUUAAAGAAGCUGUUGAUUCGCCACGUUUUCAUAAUCAAUUUUUGCCCCCAGAGACUUUAUACGAAGCUUCGAUACCUCAGGAAAUUAUAACGAAUCUGGCUAAUGAACGAAAUCAAAAUAUGACAAAAAUUUCAAAAUUAAAAAGUGUUGUACAAGCAUUUGUAGUAAAUACGGAUGAUUACAUUUAUGGAAAUAGCGAUUUUCGACGGGAAACAGGAAGUUUUCCGGCUGGAUUUUAA